CCCCCGCCUCGCCCCUACUUCCCGGCCGCCGUCGGCAGGUCUCGGCGGAGCGCUGGGGGAGGACAAGAUGGCGCUGGACGGCGGCUCGGGACGGGUCGGGGCCGCGGCUGCGGCGAACCCCCUGUCCCGCUUCACGUGCCCGGUGUGCCUGGAAGUGUACGAGAAGCCGGAGCGGGCGCCCUGCGGCCACGUUUUUUGUGCUGUUUGCCUGCAGCAGUGUCUAAAACCGAAGAAACCUGUCUGUGGAGUCUGUCGGAGUGCUUUAUCUCUGGGGACCAAAGCUGUGGACUUAGAAAAGCAAAUUGAAGCAACCGAGGCAACUUGUAGUGGCUGCAAAAAAAAGCUGGCCCUAUCAAAAAUGCGUAACCAUGUGGCUUCCUGUUCCAAAUAUCAGAGCUACUUAAUGGAGGGUGUUAAGGCUACCACUAAGGAUAUGACAUAUCAGCCAAGGAAUAUCCCAAACCGAUUUACCUUUCCAUGUCCUUACUGUCCUGAGAAGAACUUUGAUCAGGAAGGACUAGCUGAACACUGCAAAAUGUACCACAGCACGGAUACUAAAUCAGUGGUUUGUCCAAUUUGUGCUUCAAUGCCCUGGGGAGACCCCAAUUACCGGAGUGCUAACUUCAUGGAUCACAUUCAGCGUAGACAUCAGUUUUCUUAUGAUACUUUUGUGGAUUAUGAUGUGGAUGAAGAUGACAUGAUGAACCAGGCUUUGCUACGCUCCUUGAUAGAUAAAUGAGCUCAAAACUUGUAUUUGAGAGUUGCAAGGUUUACAUAGAAGAAGUAGAAGCAGCAACAUUUUUUUUAAUGAGCAUGAUUAUAACAAGGAUCAUGGUCAGAGCCCUCUUUCUUUUUCGUCCCUUGAAACUCUAGGACCCCAUCUUUUCACCCUCCUUUUUGGCAGGUUUUGUUGUAUUGCACUUCUUAUUUCUGCAUCUUUUUUCCUGCAAUGAUAACUGGUUUAUUUUUUUCUUCAUUUCUCCUGCUUUUGUUCUCAUCCCUUCUAGUAUUUACUGUUUACUUCCUAUAAGCUAGAGUCAUAUGUUCUGGGGCAUUGUAGCAAAAUUGAGAUGGCAAAAAGUCUUAUCUUUAUUUCUUACCCAUGGAACUAUGAUAAAGCAUUUCAUAUUUGAUCAGACUUUGAGCUAGAAUGGCCCCUAGUCCUUGGUUCUAUUUACUUAAGGCUGCAAUUAAUUUUCCAGUAAAAGGUUUUAAAAACCUUUUAAAGGAUGUUUAGUAGUGUUUAUAGUGUUACAAAUGAUAAUUUCUGAUUAUUUUCCCAUAUAAUUCAAGCAUACCUCGAGAAUGCCAACUGAUUCAUAGUCUUGAGUUCAAUGCCUCGUUGGUACUGUUUAGUAUAAAAUGUAAUGUACUUUUAUCAGCAAAAGGAAAUGUUUCUAGAUUUGAAGAGUAAAAUUUUAAAUCUUUGUAAAUGGUCAGGAACAUAUUCUCCCCCAGACUACUAGUGUUUCAGGUGUUAUCGCCUGAUAUUAACUUUACUUAUUUGGGGUCUUCUUACAUUCUUGACCUAAUAGCUCAUGUAGCAAAGAGUUAAAAUAAAAAUUUCAGAACUAACUGAGGUAGAAAGAGAGUUUUAAGUUUUAUGACAGCAGAGUACUUGGGUCCUUUUUCUAGAAGAAGAUUGUAUGAACAAAUUUUUUAUUUCUUGAAUAGUUUCUUUGUGGAAUUCGUUUCAACAGAGAAAUCCAUGUUUAAAAUAUCAUCUUUAAUUCAUUGUAAUAUGUAGGAAAUCAGAAUGGCCUUAGGAAGAUGCUAUUAUCUGGAUGUAACAGAAGCAAAGUGUUAUUAUCCUCACCAAAACAAACAAAAACAACAAAACUCCCCAGAAAACAAAAACACAAAAAAAAUUCCCUGAUAUUCAGAACAUUGUAAAUAGACGUUCUUUGCACAAAAUAGAAAUGUUGUUAUAUUAAUCAUCUGGAUUUCGAGAUUUAUAUUUCUUUUUUUAUUCCAGGAAACUUGCUUUGGAAACUGUUCAGGGAACUUGAAGUUCAGCAUACUUUGCUAAUAUUUAUAAGCACAAGGCCAAAGUGUUUUGAGCCUCUUCUGUAAGAGCUGAGCUCUGCUUGCCUCCUAAUGAGCAAAAGGAGGAUGGAACUAGAUCAAGUUUUGAUCUUGUUCUUUAGAUUCCAUGUCUGCUGGAUCUAGUCUAGUUGGUGACUGAUGUUCCAGGUAACCAGACAUGUUUUGGGCCUGUAUGCUGCUAUCCUACCUUUUCUGAUGGGCUUAAGUAGCAUCUGUACAUGCUAGUUGAUCCUGAAAGCCCAUGUAACUCCAAGGGCUAGUGAUUUAGUUGUAGCUUUUUAGGCUUUCUUUACUGUAGUUGGAUUCCAGAGUUAAGCACAUUAAUAUAAGUUCUAGAGAAAUUUCACUUUAACACUGCAGCAAGCUAUACUCUCUAGAGGUUAACCAAAAAACGUGUCCAAACUUUGGGAUUUGAAAGUUUUGACUAGAGCCUAUCAGACUCACUGGGUAAAGGGAUCGACUUGAUUCCAGUUAUUUUCUUGUAUUAAUCUUAAGUGCACUUCAUGUAUUUCUUGUAAGACCUUUCAGAAAAUGAGAACUUUAUCUUGUUCUGACUUUUAAAAGUCAAAAUAUAAAUAAAUUUAAUAAUUUAUUAAA